AUGCCAGAAAGCAAGAAACAGAGAGCCCAUCUAAGCUCAAAUCAUCAUCAUCAUGAAGAAUGCAUGGAGAAACGCUUAUGGAGUGUGUUUUUUACCAUUUCUUUAGGAUGUUUUUUCAGUGGAAUACUAAUUAUACUAAUUUACAGGAUUUUGAUACGUGUGACAGUUUAUCUGAAAGACAAAAAAUCAGCAAACUCUGAAAGUCAUCAUUCUACAGUUUGUACAAACCUACCUGAUUGGAAUAAAGAUGAGAAAGAAUAUCACCUAUUAGUAAAGGAUAGUAGAAGAGAUAAGAUUGAUGGUGUAAGUCGUAUCAAUUCAACCAUAAUGGAGAAAUUCGAUCAACAACACAAUAAUAAGCAUGUAUCUACACGUUGUUCUAAAUGGUGGACAACUGUUCAGUUAAUAUUUGUUCAAGGUCGCUGUUUAGCUAUCCGAUUAGUCAGUUAUGACUGGAUACCUGGUCGAAUUUUUAUUGCUUUAUCAAUGAUAUUCAGUCUAAUGUCAUUUAGUAUAUAUGCCUAUGAAGCAACAAUAUGGCCAUCAGAGAUUGAGAAAUGCGGUCAUAAAGGUCGAAGAUUUCGUACAUUAGACUUUUCAAUGAAUAUCUUCUUUUUAAUACAUUUUAUUGUACGUUUAAUUGCAUCAUCUGAUGCACUUUUGUUUUGGAUUGAAUGGUACUCUAUAUUGGAUUAUUUAACUGUUCCACCGACAAUUAUUGGAUUUUUCAUGAAAAGAAGUUGGAUUGGAUUUCGUUUUGUACGGAUUUUUCGAUUAUGCAAUCUACCUGAAGUGUUAAAUAAUUUGAAUGUGAUAAAAUCAGCAUCAAGUUUACGUAUGUGUCAAUUAUGCACACUAUUCAUAUCGAUAUGGUUUGCUGGAGCGGGAUGUUUUAAUCUAUUUGAGAAUACAGGGAAUCUAUUUGGACCUAAUGCAUACAAUGUUAGUCAACCAUUACCGUAUACAGCUUCAUUAUACUUUACAAUUGUAACAAUGUCAACUGUUGGCUAUGGAGAUAUUGUACCACAGACACAUUUGGGUCGAGUAUUCAUUUCCUUAUUCAUUUUAUUCGCUUUAGCCACAUUUGCCAGUGCUAUACCAGAAAUAGUUGAUAUGUUCUUUAAUGUCAGUAAAUAUUCUGGAGUUUAUCAGAAACCAGAAGGUAAAUCGCAUAUUGUUGUCUGUGGUGAAAUUACAACGGAUUCGGUGAGAACAUUUUUAAAUGAUUUCCUACAUGAAGAUAGACAAAGAUCAGAUGUGGAAGUUGUCUUCAUUAAUCGAUCGAAACCAGAUUUACAAUUAGAAAAUUUACUACGAUUACAUUUUUUAAGGGUGAAAUAUUUCAGGGGGACUGUAAUGGAUCAUGCUGAUCUUCAGCGUGUCAGAAUGAAAAGCGCCGAUGCCUGUUUAAUACUGGCAUCUGCCACGACAACAGAUCCCUAUCAAACUGACGCAGCAAAUAUUAUGCGUGUUAUAGCUGUAAAGAAUUUUGCCAGUCAUGUCAGAGUUAUUGUCCAGUUAUUGCAGACAGAAAACAAGGCAUAUCUAUUAAACAGUCCAUAUUGGAAUUGGGAUGGUGGAGAUGAAAUUAUCUGUUUCAGUGAAUUAAAAUUAGGCUUUUUAGCACAAAGUUGUAUAGCUCCAGGAUUUUCUACACUAGUUACAAAUCUAUUUACAAUGCAUUCUAUUCGAGGAUUGAAAGAAGCUGCAAAAUUUACAAAAAUCUAUAUGAAUCAACAGAAUUUGAAGAAUUCCAUCAUCAAAUCAUCUUUAUCACUGAAUGAAAUAGUGUCUAGCUCAAGUCCCAAUGUAAUUAUGCGUAAAUCUAAAGUAUCAACAAAGAUAACACCUGAAAAUCAUCAUCAUCAUCAUCAUUACUCUACUUUUCCACUAUUUGAAAGAAAGAAUAGAAAAACUCAAUGGUUGAAUAAACUAUCAAAAAUGAUCACAUCUUUAUUUAAAACACAAGAAGAUGAUAAUUCUCGACCAUAUUCAUUACAAUAUCCAAUACAGUCAACAGCAUCACCUAUAACAUUGGAUACAGAAUCAUCCAUAGAUAAUUAUCAUAAUGAUAUUCAUACUGUGCUCAACUCAGAUAAUUGGGUUUACAAUUAUUUAUGUGGUGCUAGUAUGGAAAUUUAUUCAGCUAAAUUUUCUAUGGCAUUUGAUGGUUUACAAUUCACUGAAGCUGCUGUUAUCUGUCGAAAAUAUUUAAAUCUCUUAUUAAUUGCUGUAGUAGCUGAAGUUCUAGACAGUAGAGAUUCACAGUUAGUGAACAGGAUUUCAGGUGAUUUCACUUCUUCUAAUGAAAUAGGCUUUAAUUCAUCUGACCAUAAUGAUACGAUUGAGGAUGAAGAUGGUAAUGUGAAUGACGAUGAUUAUGAAGAUGAAGAUUUCAAUGAAAGUAAAUAUUAUUUAGCUGUUUCACCAACAUUGGAUAAAAAUGUGAUUAUCAAUUAUGGGACUGUAGGAUUUUUUAUUUGUGGUUCACAAGAGAAUGCAAAUAAAGUUUCAUUUUAUUGUUUAACCUGUCAUCUUGUUAAUACAUCAAAUAUACAAUCUCCUAUAUCUGAUAUUCAACCAUGUUCAUGUCAUAUUAAAUCACAAAAAUCUACUUUAAAACUUCGAAAAAGUGGAUUUUUUAAAACAAAAAGAGAAUCUUUCUUUCCAAUAAAUUGUUAUAAAUCUGAUAAACAAACUCCUAAUAAUUAUUUAAAAGUUUGCUCUAUUAUACCAGAAUUAAAGGAAUCUGAGAAUACACUAAUUAAUAAAACUGAAUUAUCAACUACAACAAUAGAACAACAACACAUCAACUCAUCAACACCUUCAAACAAAUAUUUCAUUGAAUCCAACUGUAAAAAUCGAAUAUUAUCUCGUAGAAAUAGCCUUCUUUCAGCUUAUGAUACAGAGGAACAUUAUUCUCAGGCUACAGAAAAAGAACCGAGAAGAACGAGUGAUCCACAUAUCGAGUCAAGAAUCUCCGUCAUCUCUCCUACUAAUGACUUUGAUAUUACAGGCAUGUACUACUAUUGUAGUCAACAAAAAUUUGAGGAUAAUCUUAUCACAUCUAAUACAUCAAUUAAUAAGUCAAAUGAUUUGCACAAUCAUAUUCUUGUUUGUAUUCUAGCUGAAUCUGAUGCUCCUCUACUUGGACUACAUUCAUUUGUUAUGCCAUUAAGAGCAAGUGAUAUAAAAUUUCUUCAACGUGAAUGGUUAAAUAUAGCUAAUUUUCCAAAAGUAUAUACACUUGCUGGUAGUGCAUUAUCUCGUGCUGAUUUAAGAAAAGCACGUAUUCAAUAUUCAUCUGUAUGUGUUAUACUAGGCUCAAGAGGAACAAUUAAAGUAGAUGAUCCAUAUAUGUUAGACAAAGAAGUGAUAUUGUGUACAUUAAAUAUUAGAGCUAUGAAAUUUUCAUCAUUUUAUCGACAUAAUGCAUUUUCACAUAAUAUUAAACGUCGUAAUGGUUCAGAGAUUCCAUUGAUUACAGAAUUAAUGACAGAUAAUAAUAUACAUUAUUUAGAUCCUGAUAAUUCUGGUGGAGUACAAAUUACAGCUUCAUUAACAGCUCCAUUUGCUAGAGGUAUUGCAUUCACUAGUUCUGUUCUUGAUGUACUAGCAAGUACAGCAUAUUUUGAUCGUAAUUCUAUGACAUUAAUACGUCAUCUUGUUACUGGUGGUGUUACUCCAGCUUUAGAACAAUGGUUAGCUGAAGGUGGUGGUUUAAUUGGUCUUCAUGAUUGGCAUGAUAAAGGAAACCAUUCAUUGUCAAAGAAGAUUCGGAGUACUAGAGUUUCAUUCUUAUUUCCUGGUCUGCUUAAAACACGACAAAGACCGAGGAUUGAACAAAUUCCAUUAUCUGAUCCUCGUCUAAUACAAAUGUCUACUGAUGGCCGUAAAGUAUUUUUUAGCUGUUAUGGAGAUCUAUUUUGUCAUGCUAUCAGAGAACAUGGAAUUCUAUGUGUUGGCAUAUAUCGUCUUUCUUUCAAUACACUUAAUGAACCUAAUCGGUUGGUAACAGUCCCAAGCAAAAUCAAACUAAACAUCAUUUCAGGUGAAGAAUCAACUGAAGUAACAGAAUCUACUGCCAGUGAAAAAACUGGUAAAGUUUAUGAUAAUCAAAAUUUUAUCACUAAAAAAUUUGAAACAUCUCAUAGACGUUUAAGCACUUGUGCUUUACCUGUUGACCGACUGUUACGCAAGCAUUCAUUACAGCUAAAUCGGAAAUCUCUUAGUAGUGAAGAUAAUUCACAACAAGUAACUCACCCAAAUAAUCAUCACCAACAACAACAACAGAAACAUCAUCCAGAUGAACAGAACAGUCGAGAAAAAAGUCAACAUAUCCCCCAGCAUACUUAUUUACAAAUGGUCAACCAACAUUUUCAUAGUGAUGGUCUAAGUCGCCGUUCAAAUGAGUAUGUGGCUGUUGCCACGGCGCUGAUGCCGAAAGCAUUUAAACAACCAAAUUACCUGUUCAACUAUUCAUUUGUUAUUCAUUUGCUUUUCUUUCAUUGGAAAGAAAUAGAACUUGAAGAGGAAAAUUGUGUAAAAACGAAUGAUUUCUGGAAUCGAUUUAUUGGAAAAUAUUACCUUGUGAUAAACGUGAAUCAUGAUCUUCACUGUAUACAACUUGUCAAUGUACAUGAUGCUGGUCAAGUUGAAGCUAUGCUUACGGAAAAAAUCUUUCAAUUUCAUCUUACUGGAUAUCAAACGUUGUAUACCUAG